CCGCAACCCAAGUCCAUCAAAGAAUGUCGAACUCAGUCCUCACUGUCCUCGGCAUCCUCGACAGCGACAUCAAAAACAGACAAUUCCCGGCCCGGCUCAAAAGGCCCCAACGCCGGUCCGCAGAAACCAAUAAUUUUCGUCAACUCCAAACUGUACAUGGACACAAGAACUGCGCAGUCCCCGUCUUUGGGCUCCGUGGACAACACCCCAUCGCCGCUAUCAGUGCCUCAUUCGGCUGUCUCUACUCCAACCAGCAGCUACAGGUACGGCGCCUACACGCCAAGAAAAACUCCAGGGAGUGUGAUGAACUCUUUUUCCUC